CGAUCCAGAUCUGCUCCAAAUCAGGCAAUCAGUACCUUUAACAAACGAACAAGUGAGAAAGCUAGGAAGAAAAUGUCCUUCCACGUCCUGCCGUUGCUACUGCUGCUGCAUCUAGUUGCCCGUCUCCCGGCGUCGACGCGGGCGCCGGCGGUGGUUACCCACCUGCCAGGAUUCGAUGGCCCUCUGCCCUUCCACCUCGAAACAGGGUACGUGGGCGUGGAGGAGGAGACCGGGACGGAGCUCUUCUACUACUUCGUGGAGUCCGAGAGGAGCCCCGGCACCGACCCCGUCAUCCUGUGGCUCACCGGCGGCCCCCGCUGCUCGGGCUUCUGCGGCAUGGUCUUCCAAGUCGGUCCUAUAAACUUUGUGGUGGCACCGUAUAACGGUAGCUUGCCGCAGCUUGUCUAUAACCCCUAUUCAUGGUCCAAGAUUGCAAGCAUCAUCUUCUUGGAUACUCCCGUCGGCGCUGGAUUCUCGUAUGCUCAUGAUCCCAAAGGUUACGAUGUUGGAGACAUAUCGUCUUCUUGGCAAGUUGUUACAUUUCUGGACAAGUGGUUCAGCGAUCACCCACGCUAUGCUUCAAAUCCUUUUUACAUUGGAGGAACUUCAUAUGCUGGAAAGGUUGUUCCACUUAUUGCACAAUACAUUUCACAAGGAAACGAACAAAGAAGGCAAGAUGAGAUUAAUCUCAAGGGCUAUUUAGUUGGCAACCCUAUUACAGGCUUAAGGUUUGAUGAUUUCAAUUCCAGAAUACCAUAUGGUCAUGGUGUUGGAAUCAUUUCUGAUCAACUAUAUGAGGCUGCAAUGGAGAAUUGUGAAGGUAAUUAUGUAAGCCCAAUGAAUAAAAUGUGCGCUGCGGUUAUAAAUACCAUUGAAAAUCUCAUUUCUGAACUGUACAAAGAAUAUAUCUUGGGUGAUAGAUGUGUACAUGAUGCACCAAAACCUGUGAAGAAUGAUACUUCAAGAAGUAGGUUUAUGUCAGAAGAACAAUUUCAGCUAAGCAAAUCAUCUCCUCAUCCUACUAUCAAUUGUUUCAAUUACCGGUACUACCUGUCUAACAUUUGGGCAAAUGAUCACAGGACUAGAGAUGCUCUUAGGAUCAAGAAGGGAACCAUUGGCACGUGGGUAAGAUGCAUCAAAGGAUUCCCUUAUGCGUACAACGUUCCAAGUAGCAUAGAGUAUCAGUUCAACCUCACCACCAGGGGUUACCGUGCGCUUGUGUUCAGCGGAGACCAUGAUAUGGUGGUACCACAUUUGGGAACACAGGCUUGGAUAAGAUCCUUCAACUUCUCCAUUGUUGAUGACUAGAGAGCAUGGCAUGUUGAUGGCCAGUCUGCAGGAUAUACAAUUGGUUAUGCCAAUCACAUGACAUUUGCGACAAUAAAGGGUGGUGGUCAUACAGCAAUCAGCUUCCGGCCUAAACAAGGAUUUGCCAUGGGUCAGCGGUGGCUGGACAAUGAGCCGCUGUGAUGCGCCUGCUUUGGUUGUACUGUUUUCUUGUGCUUACAGUCCUUGCAAGUUCUCCUUUCUUCUUACAGUUACGCUUCUGUGGCCCGAUAGAACAAGUAUGUUCUUGCAACUCAUUUAGGCCAAUGGGGGUUGGGUCCUCUAGUUUACUUUUGUAAGUUGAGUUGAUCCUGCUUGCUUCCAUAACUUUGUUACAUGUGUUUUUCUCUUAUGGCGUACUAGUCAUUUAGGGUUGAGCAUGCAACAGCUUAUGUAAUAAUCAUUUUGAUCUUCUGUUCUCUAAUUCCAUUCAGUUGGUGAGUA